CUGUCCAGUUUGAGUGUUUGUUGCAGCUCGUUCCAGUCGCUAGCUGCAGCGAAAUGAAAAGAGCGACCCAGGGAUGUUCCAUAGCCACAAAACCUUGCCCAUUUCUACAAUGUAGCUUGUUAAAAUUAGAUUUUAAACUCAACCUUAAUCACACUGCUAAUCUUAUGCCUAACCUUUAAAACCGAAAAUAUAUUUUUUAUCGACAAUUUUGAGUGUGGCUGUGGAAACGUUUUGUGUCCCGCCCUGUCUGUCGCGGUGGUGACGUGUACAAUUCAUGAGGCAAACAUUCUGCGCCGCCUGAAGAUAUCAAGGAUGGGGACCCAAGUAAAAGAUGUAGUGAUCAAGUCUGAUGCCCCCAGUGCUCUACUGUUGGACAAGCAUGCAGACUAUAUUGCUGCCUACGGCUCCAAGAAGGAUGACUAUGAGUACACCCUGUCAGAAUAUCUGCGGAUGUCAGGUAUCUACUGGGGCCUGACGGUGAUGGACUUGAUGGGUCAGCUGACCAGGAUGAACCAACAGGAGAUCUCUGACUUCAUCAAGUCCUGUCAGCACGACUGUGGAGGUAUCAGCGCCAGCAUCGGACACGACCCACACGUCCUCUACACGCUCAGUGCUGUACAGAUCCUCUCGUUGUAUGAUAAUGUGAACGUGCUGGACGUGGACAAGGUGGUGGAGUACGUCAGAGGACUGCAGCAGGAGGAUGGGUCGUUUGCUGGAGACAAAUGGG